AUCUCCUCUGUUUUUCUUUUUCCUUUUUUCAAUGGGAUUUGAUCACAGAAAAUUCAUCCCCCAACCCCAAAACAAUUCCUGUGAGGAAUGUUUCUGUUCAGGUCGUUGUAACCCAGCUUUGGACAAAGGGGGUGUCUGUUUUCUUCCUUGUGUUGAAAUAUGCCAUCCUGUAUGUAAUCCACCACCACCGCCAUUACAACCAGUGACUUAUCAGCCCCCAUCUGGACAGAAACAUAUACUUGAAACAAGCAUGAAAAUCACAGCUUGUGUGAUUGGGGCUGCUCUUCUUGUUGCCAUUGUUUUCUCUAUUGUAAGAUUUUAUUGGCGCCGCAGCAAUUCCAGGAGGAGGAGGAGUAGUUCUUUACCAAUUUUGUUUGAUACCCAACACGAUUUUCUUGAUGAAGAUCAUGGACCUGUUCUUGAUCAUCCCAUUUGGUACAUCCACACUGUUGGGCUCCCGCAAUCUGUAAUUGACUCCAUAACAGUCUGCAAGUAUAAAAAAGAUGAGGGUUUGAUUGAAGGAACAGAUUGUUCUGUUUGCUUGAGUGAGUUUAAAGAAGAUGAGAGUCUUAGGCUUUUACCCAAGUGCAGUCAUGCCUUCCACAUCCCUUGUAUUGAUACCUGGUUGAGAUCACAUAAAAAUUGCCCUCUUUGCCGCGCUCCAAUUGUUUGUGACAUUGCUAGGGCUCAAGAAAGUGUCCCUGAGCCUAUUUCGAGGGAUUCAGCUUCGAGGGAAAGCAUUGAGGUAGAGAAUUUGGAGAAUAAUGGAAGGGUUGGAAGCCUUGGAAGUGGGACAAGUGAGGUUGGGAUUGCAGAUGAUGAGAAUGUUUUUGCAAUUCCAACUGAGGGAAGAACUGCUGAAAAUUCAGGAAAGGUUUUGCCAAGUUCUACUGUGGCUGCUGGUAGUCGUGAUCCAAGAGCAUUAAGUGAUUUGACUGACAAUCGUCGUGUUACUGAAGAGGACAUACAACCAAUUAGGAGGUCAGUUUCGAUGGAUUCGUCAUCUGCUUCGCGAAUAUACCGUGAUGUGGCCAAUGUCAUUCCUGAAGAAGGAAGUUCAAAUUCCCAAUUAGCACAUGUUAAGAAUUCGAAUUCAGGGAUUGUUUCCAAGUAUGGCAGUUCAAGUUCUAGCCUAGCCAAGCUAAUGAGAAGUUCUUCAAUUGGGUUUUCUCUGCAGAUGGGGCCAAUAUCAAUGAAAAGGCCUUUCUCAUCUGGCAGGAAGUUUUUCUCAUCCAAACAUGGAAGGAGUCAAAGCUCAAUCCUUCCCUCAUGAAGAUUUGGUUAGCCUUUUUUAUGUCUCAAGUUUCAAGUCAGUUCCAAGUAAAAUCAGGGAAUAUAUAUAUAUAGAGGGUAUGUCAAUAUGAAGGCCAGAAGCUAGUUCUACAUGAAAUAAGGGUUUUGGUACUGCAAUUUCAAUUUUUUAGGUUUUCAAAUGUAAGAACAUACAGACUGCAAAAGUGUGGUCCUAUUGCCUCGCUGAUGGCAAAUUUGCUUUUGUUGUGAAAAGUAAAUGCCUUCAACAGGGGAUACUUGAAAUCUUCAAGACAAUAUAUACUUUUUUUUUACCACAGAAAUUUGCAAUAUAAGCACACUUCAGUUUUGAUUUA